GGUGUGUAACACUGUCUCCAUUCCACAGAAUCAACUAACUCUACAGUAAACCUGGCCAUGCAAGGCCAUCACUGCAGCUAGUCUCUAUCAUCAUUAAUAUCCAUAUCGCCUCAUUUGAAUCAAGGACUACUGGAAUUACUCGGUUUGCUGUCGUUUAUCGUCUGCUUUGACCUGCUUAACCACUAACGUCCUGAACAGGAUUUGCGGUCUGUCAAUGAGGAACUACAGGCUCAUCUUCUGCCACAACCUGAAGCAGCCAUAGAUGAACCAUUUGUUUCCUACUUGUGAGUGGAGCAGGAGAUAAAGUGAACUUCUGGGCAUUUCUACAACAAGACGGAGUGAAGCAGCCAGGCUGUGGAGGCGAUGAGGAAGAGCCUCAAUACUUCCCUCAGCGACUCCCUCGGCACGGCCAGAGUGUUCGGGAUCCCCCUGGAGGAGGUGCAGCACAGCGGCCAACCGGGACAUGAGGUCCCCCUUCUGGUCAGGAGCAUCGUGGAGUACAUCGAAGAGCACGGAGGGUUGCACCUGGGUCUGUUUCUAGUGAAUGGGAACGCAGAGCGCGUGGAAUGGCUCAAGCAGCGCUACAACAGUGGUGUAGAAGUGAACCUGGAGAAGGAGGCCGACCUGGCGUCAGCCGUCAGUCUGCUUCGCCUCUUCCUGCAGGAGCUCCCCGAGCCUAUCAUCCCUGCAGGCUUACAGGCUCAAAUAAUGCAGAUCUAUCAAGACUACAGCAGUGAGGAAGAGCUGGGCAGAAACAUGAAGUACUUCCUUCUACAGCUGCCGCAGGUCAAUUACAGCUUGCUCCGCUUCCUGUGCCAGUUUCUGUCUGGUGUGGCGUCUCUUCAGGAGGAGAGCUGGAGCGUAGGAGCUCUCGCUGCUGUUUUCGGGCCAGACAUUUUCCAUUUAGAGACAGAUGUGGAGGAUCUGAGAGAGUUGGUCAGACGUAUUCUGGCAGAACUGCUGGAGAACCAGGAGGAGUUCUUUGACUCGGAGGAUGAAGACACCUCCAACACCAAUGACUACAGCUCCAUUAACGACCAGAUCACUGAGCUCCUGGAGGAAGAGAAGUUGGAGGCUUGUGAGGAGCUCCCACGGGACGGAGAGGAUGGUCCUUCCUCCCUGUCCCCUAAACAUGCCCAUGUCGACCCCUCCUCCAGUUCGCACAUUUCUUCCAUCAGCAUUCUUCCAGGAUCUGCUGCUAUAAUCCAGAGGAGCAUCCGUGCUGCAGUGGAACAGCACUUGUUGGAUUUACAGACGUCUAUUGACAAGGAGCUCGGCAGCUAUGAGUGUCAAGCGUUGGACUCCAAACCCCUUCAGGGAAACAGCCCUCCUCAGAAGACACCGCGGUCUGAGGAGCAUGAAGAUGUGCGGUCUGAAUCUGAGACUCUCUCUGAGGUUACAGAGGAGGGCCUGCCAACAGAGAACAGCGAGGAAUCUCAAGGCUCUCAGCUCGGCAGUCCCGUCGCGGAAGAAAGUUCUGGGAUGGACCUUGACACGGAGACUCGCAUGGACACUGAGCAUCUCAGCACUGAAAGACUGGAGAACUACCCAGACGACGAGCAGAUGGACCAGGCUGAUGUUAUCCCCUGUGAGCCCGGAGACUGUGACCUGAACGCUAAUACUGAGUCCUCAGAGCCAGCCAGAAGCAUUCUCUCAGACAGAGAACAAGAAGACCCUGUGCCGGUGUUCAUGUCAUGGCAAGAAGAGACCGAGUCAGGGGAGGCCCAAUUGUCUCCGCUGGCUGGCCGUAUGAUGCCCCCACCUCUUGAAGAAGAUCCUCAACCAUUACUGGCCCGGCGGUUUCUGGAAUUUGGCUACAGUCAGCGGUUCUUACAGCAGGACCACGAUGCCUCAUCCUCCACCAAAGCUUUGCCCUGUGGGAGGCCUCGCCGUGCUUCCCUCUCUUCCAAAGACAGUCUGAAGGGAGACCCCGUUUCCCAACAGUUCACCAAGAAACUCCAGAACCUCAAGAAGAAGAUCAAGCAGUUUGAGGAACAGUUUGAAAAGGAGAGAAACUACAAGCCGUCUCACGCUGAAAAGGCCGCUGAUCCGAAGGUGCUGAAGUGGAUGACCGACCUGACCAAAAUCCGCAAGCAGCUCAAAGCAGGACGACAGCAGCACCUCUUACCCAAAGGUUCCCUGAGGCACCAGGCCGUGCUUCAGUCAUACCGACGCCACUCGCCCUCUUCCUCCGUCCCGAACACACCCCAUUUUACUCUGUCACGCCCCCUCAAUGCCUCUAGACAGGCGCCCCACUUCUAUGCCAAACACAAGGCUGAGAGUGAGCUGACUCCACAGACGCGUCCACGCAGUAACACUCUGCCCAAGAGCUUCGGAUCCACGCUGGAUCAGUCGGCUCACGAGGACGCUGUGGAGAGCGAGGCACGGGGUCACCGGCCCACAAGAGAAGAGACGCUGGAGCUCAUUCUGCACUGCAUCCAAACCAAGAGAGCCGAGGACGGCUGGCCAGAGGACGUCCGAAAAAUGACAAAAGAGCAGCUUGCCAGUGAGAAGACAGUACUGCAGAAGAACCUUCUGUACUAUGAAGGAAUUUAUGGACGCCCAGUGACCCGAGAGGAGCGCUUGAUCGUGAAACCCUUGUAUGACAGAUAUCGUCUGGUCAAGCAGAUGCUCACCCGUGUCAGCAUCACCCCUAUCACAACUUCUCCCUCCAGCAAACGACGCAAUCAGAUGCUACAGCCCAUCAUUGAGGGUGAAACUGCCCACUUCUGUGGUGAGAUCGAAGAAGAGGAGGAGGAGGAGGGCAGGGGCCAGCAGGAAAACACAGAGAUGCAGACUAGCGAGGGUUCGGAAAUCAUCAUGGACCCAGUAGCUCCGCCCACUCAGGAGAACAUCCUCACCUCUGGGAAGAUCAGUUUUGAUCUGCGUCUGUCCAGUUCGAACGCCUCCUCGAUGCCCGAGCUCCUGGAGCAGCUGUGGAAGGCCAGAGCAGAGAAGAAGAAACUGAGGAGGACCAUCAGAGAGUUUGAAGAUGAAUUCUACCAACAGAAUGGCAGGAAUGCUCAGAAGGAAGACCGCGUGCCUAUGAUGGACGAAUACAAGGAGUACAAGCGCAUUAAAGCCAAACUGCGGCUUCUGGAGGUCCUCAUCAGCAAGCAGGAUUCAUCCAAGUCCAUCUAAAGCAUCUCAACAUCCUGACACUAGUCCAUCAGCGUCCACCUCAGCCACUGGACAAGAACAAGAAACACCUGUCGUCUAAAAAGAGUUACCAAGUUCCCUUGAGUUUGAUAUUCAGACUUUUGACUUUCUUUUCCACGAGGUGUCUCAUACUGAGAAUCGUGCCGCGUUGCAUGAUCGCAGCAGUACUACAUGCAUUACAUACAUGCAUAUAUAUACAGAAAUCAAGAACUGAACUCUUCCUCAGACCACACAGAUGGUCGUCAUAUUUCAACACCCACAUCACACUCCUCCUCGCCCUAAUUCAUGCUCUUAGAGGGUGUGCUUUGGGCUCUAUGUGUGUAUACGUGUACAGACUAAUCUAUUAUGUAUGUAGGCUUAAAUAUUUCAGUGUUUUUCUUGAUUUCAGUGUAUUGGCACCGUGAAUUAUCCAGUGCGAUUAUUAUUUUUUUUUUUGUACGUGUAUUUUUGCCCAUGAGCUUUCGGUUACAAAUCAGAGGACUCUUGUAUCAAGCUGGUGCUCUUUUUCUGUGUGUGUGUGUGUGUGUGUGUGUGUGUGUGUAUAAUGACACAUGGAUCAUCUGAUCGGACUGAAAAAAGCUACUCCAGCUGGACUGUCACAAACUCUUCCUGAUUCAUUUGUAAAUUACACAAAGCUGCAUGUCUGCAUUCACAUCUGACUGAUGAUGCAAUCAAAGUGAAUAUAUAUACAUAUAUGCCAAACUGACACGUUAGAUCACAGUGGUACAUAGUAGAUCAUUUCUGACGCUAUGUUUUGUGUGUGAAUGUGUCCUCAUGGGUUUUGCUCAUCUCUAGUCUCUUGGUUUGCCGGUGUGCACACAGUCUGAUAAUGAUGUUAGUUAGAAGAACGUGAUAAUUAGUAGGCGUGUCACGAUAACAACUUUUUGUUGUGCAAUAUAUUGCCACAGAAAUAAUUGCGAUAAUCAAUCUUGUUGUUUAAAAGUCAGAUGUCAGUACGCACAAAGACACAGAUCCCUAAACAAGACCAAAUCUGCAGAUGAAACUUUUUUUUUUUUUUUGUAGAAGCAUGUUUUAAAUUCGAGUUAGCUCCUAACGACUACACCACGUUAUGUACGAGAAGCUGCAAAAGUGGAUGUGUAAAAUAUGAAGACAAAAAGAAAAUAUAAUGGGCGAUAUAUUGCAUCACCAAAAUGACUCUGACUUCCUUUUUUCAGCAUAUCAUCUGAUCCGUCAUGGUCACUUUUUAUGGUCACAGUAUCGGCUUUAACAUUGAGCUGAACUCAUGAUAAAGUCUCACCGGAGAGAUAGCGAAGGAAGGACAGUUCUGCGGGUCGUGGGAAGUCAGAUUAAUGUGUUUGGUGGCCGAGAUGCUCAAGUGUUGUGAACGCACGGAAGUGAUGCAUUCAUGACAAAUGAAGGAGGUGAUGGAGAUUAUUUGCACAGCAUUCUGGGAAUGCAGUCUGUUAUGUUUGUUCUAGUUGUUUACUGAAGCACUACUUGCAUGUGAAUGUUAUCGGACGUGUUCUGGCCCAUCUAUCACUGUGUGGUGGUGUCCUUUUUUACGACCAUUAUUUUGUACUCUCGUUUUUUAUCGUCUCACUUUCUGCUGUUCAUCUUAUUGCCGUGGAUGUUCCUCUGUAUUAGUGAAGCCCCUGCUUUGUCCUGUUUUGUAUAAACUUGUCAGUGGUAGGUUUGCAUGGCAGAAAUGUGUAUUUCUAUUUUUGUGCCAUUUAAAAUAUAAAGCAAUAAAUAAGCAUCGGGGCCUAUAUAAGUGGAAUGAGAGCCCUCCUCUAUCCAGUAUGUGCAUUAUAAAUAAACAGCUUGUGAGAAUUA